AUGUUUCAUAACAAUUCAAUAGUAGUUGAUGAAAAUUUAUCUCCAGAUGAUCCAUUAUUUUGGAGUCGUCCAACAUCAAUUAAUUGUAAUAUAGUACGAAUCAUUGGAAUAUUUUUAUGUCUUGCUGCAUUUAUUGGUAUUGUUUUAAAUGGAGCACUUUUAUAUAGUUUUGUUCGAUAUAAAUUUCUUCGCACUCCACCUAAUAUAUUUAUAAUGUUUAUUUCGGGUAUUGGUCUUUUGGCAUCAUGUAGUAUUAUACCAUUAGCGGGUAGUUCAUCUCUUUAUUGUUAUUGGUUAUACGGUCGUGUUGGAUGUCAAUUAGAAGCUAUCAUGGCUUUUUUAUAUGGAUGCUCAAGUUCAUAUUUACUUUGCGCAGUUAGUCUUAGUCGAUGCUAUAUUAUUGUAAGACCAUUUAAUGCAAAAAGUGUUUCCAUCGGUAAAUGUAUUAUUAUUGCUUCUGUCGUUGUAAUUAUAGCUUUUAUUUGGACAAUGUUGCCAAUUAUUGGAUGGAAUGAAUACACUUUAGAGGGAGCUCUUACAUCAUGUUGUGUAAAUUGGUAUGAUCGACGACCUUUAUAUGUUUCAUUUAAUUUCUUUCUCUUUAUCUUUGUUUACUGUAUUCCAUUAAUUAUUCUUAUUGUAACAAAUACAAUAAUUUACGUUGGAUUAAAGCGAAUGAAAUGUAAAAUGACACAAGGUGAUAAAAAAGAAUUAAGUCAAAGACGAAUUGAAAUGGAAGGACGAAUUCUAAAAAGUAUAAUAAUUACAGUAUGUGGUUUCAUAAUAACAUGGACUCCAUAUGCAAUUGUUUUCUUUAUCUCAGCUUUUCGUAAUACAAAUGCAAAAAUAUCACCGCUUGCAACAUUUUUAUGUGCAUUUUUUGCUAAAUCAUCUGUUAUGUGGAUUCCAAUGCUCUAUAUAAGUACGUCAACACAUUUUCGAUUGAUUUUCGUUGAUAGGAAUUCAAUGGAUAAACAAGCUGUAAUGUUUAGUACAGAUGGAGAAGCACAUAAUCCAUCUGUUGUAAUUGGAAAAAAUGAAAAAACAGCAGCAAUAGCAGUUAUCAAUAGACCACUGGAAAAUAAAUGUUCUGCUAUUGAUGAACAAUAA